AUGGAGCUUCCGCCCGAUGCCCGGCGGGGCAAGAGCCGCGCGGCGGCCGUGAGCCCGUUGGUGCUGCGCGAAAUCGUCGCCGUGCGACGCGCGCAUCCCGAGCUGGCGAAAGAGCACAUUGCAACGGCCGUCAACGCGCAGUACGACACGCGCCUCGGCAGCAGCGACAUCGACCGACUCUACCGAAAGGCCACCGUCGAAAGCAGCGUAGGGAAGAGAUCAAUUCGGCGAGGAGGUGGGGACGCGCCCGACGGCGGGUCGGGAGCGGCAGUGAGCUCGCUGGGCGCGCGCGUGCGGUACGAGGUGGCGAUGCUGGCGUGCGUGCGGCCGUUCCUGCGCCCGCAGAUGAUACCGGCCGCCGUGCACGCACGCUACGGGCUGUGGCUCAUCCCCAAGCACGUCCGCCACAUCGCCCAGGACAGCCGCCGCUGGGUUCGCGCGGGGGAGAGCGCGCUGGGCGCGGCGGACGGGGGGGAGAGCGCGCUGGAGGAGGCAGUGGCGCUGUGGGUGGUGGCGGAGGAGGAGGGCGUGGGGCGCGCUGUGAGCCACGCGCAGCUGGUGGGGAAGGCGAGGGAGCUGGCACGGGGGUGUGGCGUGGAGGAGGGGUGGUGCACUGAGGCAUGGGCGAGCAGGUUCGGGCACGGGGUGGGAGAGGGAGAGGCGGAUGGGGCUGCUGGCGGGGGUGGAGAACCCGUACCGCCUCUGCUCAUGCGCCUGGCUCGCGAGCAGGGCGCCAUGCUGCCGUGCGAUGUGGUGGAAGAGGCCGUGCUGGAUGCGGGGCUGCUGCCCCCCCCAUCAUCACCAGCAACAGCACUGCCCCCGCCAGCACCAGCAGCGCCAGCAAAGGGCCGAGGGGGGGCAGUGGGCGCUGUUGCAAUGCAGGGAGAAGCGGGAGAGAGGCAACGGGAGGCAGACCUGGGGCGGACGGGUUAUGCUGGCAGUGGGGGAGGGGAGGGCGGAGCGGAGCUGAGCAACGAGAGCGUCGUGCUGCCGCACUUCCACUUCCACCGCCUGCCGCCCACGCUGGGUAGUGGUGGCAGAGGAGAGAAGAGGAAAGAACGAGGAGCAGCUCUCGGUGGUGAGAGAGGGGGCGUGUGGCGGCGAGAGGAGGUCCAAGGUAGUGGUGAAGGUGGGGCGGUAGAGGAGGCGGAGGAGGAGGAGCAGGAGCAGGGAGAGGGGGAGGGCGGGCUGGUGUCCCUGGUGUGUGGGGAUGCGGCGGCAGGCGUGGUGGUGGAGCGGCAGCUGCCAGGCCUCACGCUGAGUCGCAUCAGAGCCAUCUGCCUCGCCGCCCUCGCCCGCCCCCACCUGCCCCACGCUCACCUGCUGCACGCCAUCUCCCACGCCUGGGGGCUGCCGCUCUCCCCCCUUCACCUGCGCGCCAUCCUUGCCCAGACCUCCAGCCCCCCCUACCCCGUGUCUCCCCUCUCUUCCCCCCGCCCUUCCACCCACGCUCCCCCGCAUCCCCUGCAGGUGGAUGGUGCUGCCGGGGGAAGUCACGAGGGCGGUGGUGGAGAGGCGGGUGAGGAGCGCGUGUGGAAGGAGGAUGGGCAGCGGGCGGGGCGAGUGGAGGUGGUGUUGUUGCAGUGGGUGAUGGAGGAGCACAUGAGGCACCUCUUCGGCCCAGUGGACCCGGGAGGGGGGGCAUCCACCACCGCCAAUCCCAAUGCCAAUCCCAGUGGGACCAUGAGCGCACGCGCAGGCGGGGGGCUGCUGGGGAGGCACUGGGUGCCGUUCAUUCUCACGCGCCGCAUGCUGCACCAGGCAGCGCGCCGCAUCGUCCCGCUGCUGUACCGCAGCGGCAGGGGCUGCCCCAAGCUCGAGAUCUACUGGUGCCGCCGCUUCCUGCGCCGCCUCGAGGCCCUGCGGUCGCUGGCGCGCCUGAAGCUCACUGCCGCCCGCCAGGGGGGCCCGCCGCCCGUUGUGAUCCGGUGGCCCACGGCGGGGCGCUGGGAGGAAGAGGGAGAGGGAGAGGGUAUGACGCGCGACGAUGCUGCUGCUGGUGAUGCUGCUGCUGGUGGUGAUGCUGCUGUUGGUGCUGUUGAUGCUGGUGCUGCUGCUACUCAUGCGGACGAGGAGGAGGCGCGGGAGCAGGCAGUGGUGGUGGGCGCAGUGAAGGCCACGUGGGGCGUGGCGGUGGGCGAGGAGCUGCUGGCUCUACUGUGGCAGCAGCGCUCCCUGCUGCUGGGCCAAGGGUGGGAGGGAAGGAUCAGAGCACGGUUAGCAGGGGGGCUGCAGCAGCAGAGGGAGUGUGGGGAGCGGAGGGCGGAGGCGGAUGGGAAGAAGGAGGAAAUGAAGGAGAAGGGGCAGGUGGGGCAGGAGAAGGGGCAGGUGGGGCAGGAGAAGGGGCAGGUGGGGCAGGAGAAGGGGCAGGUGGGGCAGGAGAAGGGGCAGGUGGGGCAGGAGAAGGGGCAGGUGGGGCAGGAGAAGGGGCAGGUGGGGCAGGAGAAGGCGCAGGUGGGGCAGGAGAAGGGGCAGGUGGGACAGGAGAAGGGGCAGGUGGGGCAGGAAAAGGGUGUCCGUGGUGACCCCAGCGCGCUGCUGCUGCAGUGGGUGGCGUGGUGGGACGUGCGUGCGCUGCUGCUGGCGCUGGAUGGGCCACAGUGGCACGGCAGGCUGCUGGCACGCGUGGCAUGCAAGGUGCAGGGGGGUGCAUGCAGGUGCGGGCAGGGCCAGUGCAGGGUGCAUGCAGUGGCGCAAGGUGUGUGUGGUGGGGGGAACGGGAAGAGGCGGCGUGAACAGGUGGGAUUGCGGGUGCGAUCCGUGCGGCGUGGAUGCCGAGAUUUAAAUCGCAGUGGGAUUGCUGAUGCUCAUGCUGGUGAUGCUGGUGGUGGUGACGAUGGUGGUAAUGAUGAUAGUGACGAUGAUGGUGAUGGUGGUGCUGGCGUGGCAUCAUUGCCACACAGGGAGAGGCAAGUGGGUGCAGGAGGCGACCCUGUAGGGCGGCAGUGGAGCGCAGCGGCUGCCUGGCAGGCAGGGGCGACUGCUGCCCGCCCCACCCCUCCCACGGGAGGUGCAGCACCGACAGCAGCGGGAGCAGCAGCGGUGGUGGGGGUGGGGGCGAGGGCAGUGCCACAUGGCCAGACCACAGCAAUGGGUGCAUGGGCUGGUGCACAGGCAGCAGCAGUGGGAGCAGCAACGUCGGUGGGGGUGGGGGUGGGAUCAGUGCCACACGGGCAGAGCACAGCAAUGGGUGCAGGCACAUGGCAGCAGGCGCACAGCACACAAACUGCAGUAGCAAUGCGCGCACGCUCACACGCACCAUCAGCAGCUUGCCCCGUGCCUGCUUCUCUGCGCGUGCGCCCCUCCACUCUGCAAGGGUUGCAGCAGAGCCAGCAUCUCAGGCAGCCCCUCGCAGCACACGGGGCCGCCCACCGGCCUGUCCACCCACCUCUUAUCAGCCCAGCUCUAACCAGCCCACCUCUAAUCAACCCACCACUUAUCAACUCACCACUUAUCAACCCACCACUUAUCAACCCUCCUCAUCUCAACCCACCUCAUAUCAACCCACCUCAUAUCAACCCACCUCAUAUCAACCCACCUCCUAUCAACCCACCUCAUAUCAACCCACCUCAUAUCAACCCACCUCAUAUCAACCCACCUCCUAUCAACCCACCUCAUAUCAACACACCUCCUAUCAACCCACCUCCUAUCAACCCACCUCAUAUCAACCCACCUCCUAUCAACCCACCUCAUAUCAACACACCUCCUAUCAACCCACCUCCUAUCAACCCACCUCCUAUCAACCCACCUCCUAUCAGCUUACUUUUUAUGAACCCUCCCCAGCGCACCUCUUAUCAGCCCUCUUCUUAUCAGCCCAGCUCGUAUCAGCCCAGCUCGUAUCAGCCCAGCUCGUAUCAGCCCAGCUCGUAUCAGCCAAGCUCUUAUCCCCUUGGUGCACCCCAAACAAGUCGUCUCCACCACCCCUGUGCGUCCCAGCAGCAUCAUUCCCCCUCUCAACCUUCCCACUCUCAACAUCCCCCCUCCCACACUCCCCGCUUUGCACGCGUUGUGGGGCCGGGCACAGGAAGGAGGGAGGGGCGGAAACAGAAGUUGCAGCGAUUAAAUCGGGCAGCUGGGAAGGUUCUGAAGGAUAGGCGGGCAGGGAAAGGGGCAGCAAAAGGAUCAGCCUUUCAGAAUGCAUGGAAGACGCUGAUGAUGCAAGGGGGUGAGGAGGGCGAGGAGGGCGAGGAGGCAGAGGAGGGAGAGGAGGGAGAGGAGGGAGAGGAGGGAGAGGAGGGUGAGGAGGGAGAGGAGCAAGAGGUGAAGAGGAGACUAGACUGGGGGGAAGUAAAGCGCAAUGGUAAGAAGAGGAGGGUUACAUGGGAGGGAGGGAAUGGCAGGCGGGAUGGAGAGGCAGGGGUUGAUGGUAGAAGCACUGGUGGCGAUGGCAGUGACAGUGAGAGCAGUGCGAGUGGGAGUGAGAGUGGGAGUGCAAGUGGAAGUGGGAGUCACGGGGUUGAGGAGGGCAGCAGUGAUGAGAGCGUGCAGGGAGGGGAGAGCAGCCCAGCUCACCCAGGUGUCACAGCAGGCAGGGGGCAGCAGGCAGCGGGAGGGGGAGGGGGUACGGGCAGUGGGGUGAGCAGCGGCGCAUGUGGUGUCGGCAGCAGGAGGGGGAGGUUGCAUCCAGGGAUGGAGCGCUUCGUGCAGCCAGAGGCAGCAGCAGCCAUGCAGGGCAUACUUGGGGAAGGUACAUCUGUGCCGCUCCCUCUCCCCCAGAAUCCGGCUGAAGCAGUGGUGGCGACGGCACUUGUGGCGGCAGCAGUGGCCACUCCUGCUGCCACUGCUUUCAUUGCCAAGGGGGAGGCAUUGGGUAACCGUGGGGGAGAGCCGUCUACUGCCGGCACUGCUGCUUCUGCCACGGUUGCUAAUUCUUGUGCUGCUGCUGCUGUUGGCAAUAGUGGUACUCGUGAUAAUCAAAGUGCUCCUGAGUUUGGUAAUGCUGGUGUUGCUGCUGCCACUGAUGCCACUGCCACUGCUGCUGCUGCUGCUGCUGCUGCUGCUGGCACUGCUGCUGCUGGUGGUGGUGGCACUGCUGCUGCUGCUGCUGGCACUUCGGCUGCUGCUGCUGCUGCUGCUGCUGGCACUGCGGCUGCUGCAGCUGCUGCUGCUGCUGGCGGCAUGGAGGCGAUUGUGACACCAGGAGUGGUGAGAGCCAUGGGGGGCAUGGGGAGCAUGGGGGCCCCAAGCAGGCAGCAUGGCUCUCAUCAUUCACCCGGGAUGGCUGCCACUGCUUCCGAUGCUGCCAUGCCUUUGGUGCUUCAACGACUGCAGUCAACAGUGCUGCUUCAGCCAUCAAUGCCGGUUCAGGAGGGAAAUUGGCUGUUGCAAUAUCUGUCAUCAAAUGUGCAACGGUUACAGCAGCAGCACCAGCAGCAGCAGCAAAAGUGGGAGAAGCGUAUACACCAGUUGACGCAAGCGCAUGAGCCACAAGCACAGCAGCAGGUGAUGCUGCCGACUCAUGAGGCGAGUCAGCAGCAGCUGAUGCUACAAAUACAGCAGCAGCAGCAGCAGCAACUGCUGCUCCAGCAGCAGCAGCAGCUUCAGCAGCAGCAGCAACAGCAGCAGGUGCUACAGCAGUGUGCGCAGCAAGCAAAUAGCAGCUGUUGUGGUGAUUCAAAGGCAGGAAAUUCACGAGUUACAGCAGCAGGUGCACCAACAACACCAGCAGCAACGACAAUACCCAUGAGUGGCAUGUACAGCCAAGCUUUAGUGAAAUCCGCUCAUUUUGGUUGCUCCAAGAAACACUCUAGAAAACAACACCCAUUGCUGUUAAUCUUCUACCACAUCUACCAGUUAAAUUGA